GUUUGGAUGUUUUUUCUAUUCAUCUUUCUUUUAGAAAAACACACUCUCCCAAUCUCUUUUUUAGAUCUAUCAUCUACGUACUAUAAGUUGCCAUCUGAGUUUUGGCCAACUGGAUGACAUGGCUGUCCUUACAGUAGGUAGGUCAUAAAACUGUAUAGACAAACUAAUGUUACAAGAGGGUGAAAAACCGAUGAAAAGCAAACAAAGUGGCAGGCAGCAGUCGAAUAUUACAAUUCAAACCGAAGGAAGCCAUUGACAAGAGUUUCUGUUUCACUUUGCCCAUUAUAAUAAAGAAAGGGAAAGGAUUGCUCCCUCAGAACUGGCUGCUUAAGUCGCACGGAAACCGUACGACCCACCGACCGAUCAACCAAAUCAAUCAGCAACGAUACUCGACUUCUUUACGGACGGGGGGAGCGAAGAGAAGUGAAACCCACAUCGGAUUUUGCAUUCAGAAGUGAAAAUUUUCGCGACAAGCUGUGGUGUGCUGUGGUGGGUUCUUUCUUUCAGUAUUUCAAGGAGCAGCGGCAGCCGGCGACGGCAGAGAGAGGGAUGAGAGGAAUCGCAAGAAGCAGAUCGGCUUUUCCUUGGCGUUUCCUCUUCUUUUUCACUGCCGCCUCUCUCCAGUUUCUCUCGGGCUUAUGUGACGACCCAUCUAGCACAAAAGAUAAUGCAAAGAAAGCUGAUUCUGGUGGCAAUAAUGGCCGUAAGAUUAUCUUCAUACUCAUAGGGAUAGUGGCAGUUGGUUUGCUUUCAUUCGGCCUUUUCAAGUUCUGGCAAAAGAAGAAAAGAGAAGAGCAGUAUGCCCGUCUCCUAAAGUUGUUUGAAGAGGAUGAUGAGCUGGAGGUUGAACUUGGCCUCAGAGAUUGACACUCAUAGUUCUCUUCGUAAUGGAGUCAAUUGUUGUUGAGGUACGUGUAUCUCUUUCAAAAUCCUAACUGACACGAAGUAUGCGUCGCUUCCCUGUUUCCCCUUAUUUCCCUACUUGGAAUGUAGAUUCAGGAGUGGAACUUUAGUUUAGAUGAUUAUUCGCAACUACGUGGAAACAUAUAUAGGGGAAGCAUCCAUUUCCUUCUACACCGUCCUGACCUUGUCCUUGUGUGAAGUUUGAAAGUUGCCGAAAUUUGUUCCUUGUUAUAGGGUCAAAUGCUGCUGAAUUUGUUGAGGGGUCUGUAGCUGUUGUUAUGGAAAGUGGAUUCUGGAUUGGAUCAUUAGUGGUAGAUGAGAAUCUGCAACUAUGCGGAAACACACAUCUUUGGGAUCAAUCCAUGUCCUUCUAUGCCCUUCCAGACCUGGUCUUUUGCUGAAUCUUGAAAGUUGCUGAAAUUUGAUCCUGGUUAUGGUGAAUGUGAAAGAUGCAGAUUAUUUGUUGGGGUGUUUGUGGCUGAAGUUUCCAUGGAAAGUAGAAUACAGAGUGCAACAUUAGUUGUUGGUCAGAAAUUUGCAUUCACAUUUGGGAUCUAUCCAUUUCCUUCUACGCAUGUGAGACCCCCGUCUAACUGAAGCUUGCAAGAAUGGUUUGUACGGUCAGUUAGAGAACUGCAGUUCCGGUCUGCACGAGUGGAUAGUCUUUGUUGCAGCAUAUUUUUAAUCUGGUUUAACUCUAGAUAGAGAGUUCCAUUGCCAUAACCAAUUCCACAAUUGUCAUUGUGCAUAAAGCUGUGCAUGGUUAUAGAUUUCGUAAUGGUGCAAAUGAACAUAAUUCUGAGAGCUACUGGUCGUUUGCCUAGAGUAUGUCUCUGUCACUACCAUGACUGCAUGCCCUGAAGUCUAGCGUUUAGCCAGAUAUAGCUCUGCUAUUCCAAGCAUGUCAAAACCCUCACCCCACCCACUGCAUAUUUUUGCAGGUUUCACAAAUGGGAUUGGCAUUAGGGACACGGUGGUUCCUUCUGCUGGAUCGCAACACCCCUACUUGAAGAUACUUUGCUUCCAAGGCAGACGCUUUUGCAAUUACGGCCUUCAUAAUAUUUACUAGUGAUUAUGUCGAGAUGAAAAUCAUGAUAUCAAAAUUCUUUCAGAUCCUUGUAGUGAGAGGAAAAGAGAAAAGUAUAAUACUCAGGUUUGCACAGAAUGUAAUGAGCAUUCUCAUAUAGGGUUUUUGUAUGAUUCAAGAGCUUUGCUAUCAUCUUGUUUUCCCUGUUCUUCUGGUACUGCCACUGGACAACCUGGGGAGCUCUGUUUUUCCCUUGAACUGCAUCGCUCGCUGUCUAGAGUUCAAGCCAUGUGCAAAAUGUGGGAAUUUAACUCUUUUUACUGUUUGAACCAGUUCAAGAACUGAAGCUCCUUUCUUAGGUCAAAGCUGGGCUUCAUUAGCUGUACUUUGAUACUUGCACAUAACAUGAAGACAUGAAAUUGUGAUAGCAAAUUCUUGCAUUUUUUUCCAUAUUGUGUUUCUCUCUCUUGAAGGUACAAGGAAACCUAAAUUGCUAAUCAAGAUUAGAACGGAGGUGCCAACAAUUUCUGGAGUCGUAUUGUAGAAAUUGUUAGGAAAAGUUUGUAUCCAGUGAAUGAACAACACGAAACUGAAAGUCGAUAAAUGGCCCUGAUGUUGGCUUCUCUGAACUUUUGAGAGUCUUAACGACUUAACCUACGACGUUUGUCUAGUUUAAUGAAGUACUGAUCAUACUGUAUUUUCUCACCCUCAUUACAACAUCAAAAACAGGAAGAAGAAAAAACAGCAAUAGUUUUGGCUUCCCUAACUUGAGAAAGUGUACAAACUCUCAUGACUUUUUCAACAGAAACCAACCUUUAAGUCCAUCACAACCAUAAGAAUAAAGGCAAGUAUAUGGU